AUGCAACGCGGAAGUAAUAAGGGAACAAGCCCACCCAAAGACCGUCACGUGUACAUGCUGCGCUCCAUUGACAAGGCAGUAAAUAGUGGACGUCACAGAUUGAACAUCCCUGCUUUCACAUUAAAAGCGCUGUAUAGCUUGCUUCAAGUUUCUGGAAAAAUAUUUCAAGUUCACCCUUUUACGGGUUAUUAGCAUUUGAAAUCGAUAAGUAAUCAGCGCUAUGAGGUGAUUGGUUUGAAACCAGCCAAUCAUUAAACACAGAUGCGUUGUUUUUCAUUAUGUCAUUCAUUUUAUUUUGACACUAUAAAGGAGUCUAAUCGUAUAGUCAGGGCUAGCUUUCCGCUUGUGAGGAGACUGGCUAGGGGAGAGGAUUGCUUGGAGAAGGUACUGCGGGUUUGACCAAGAAAAGUCAAGUUUGAGCUCGACGCCCAAGUGUCAAGUCGGAGGAAAGAAAGCAAACGGCAGAUUCGUCCAAGUGAGGCAUGCAGUGGACCCAAGGCUAAUCUGUGCUACAGACAUUUUCAAAAGGUUUAGCUGUCAAGUCAAGGGUGGAGGAACUCAUUGAGGCACUAUUAUGUAAAUUAGCCAGACUGUGACAUCACUUUCCAGAAAAAAUCUGUAUUGGUCGUUGACAGAUCCAUCCAUCCAUCCAUCCAUCCAUCUUCUGAGCUGCUUAUCCUCACAAGAGUCACUGGAGGACUGGAGCCUACCUCAGGUAUCAGCAACUUGGCACUAUCUAUUCUCUCCCCUGGCUCCAUUUUUGCUAACAAGCCAUUCAGUCAGUGCAUCAUAUCAUUAAGUCACCCAGUGCCUCACACACACACACAAAAAAACCCUUUCCAUCUUCACCAGUACAAAAGAAAAUAACGUACAACCAAAACACACCAGCAAGUCUUCAGCAUUUCUAUUUAAGCAUUCAUUAGGCUUACACAGAGCUUGAUACACACACUACCUGACACCAUCAUGGCCUCCAUCACCAAGUCGUCUGAGCCGGAGAUCGCAGACAACCACAGAGACAGCUGGGUGGCGCUCCUGGCCGCUGCUGACGUGUACUGCCAAAAAUCGGGCUGUGAGCUGGCCAUCCUCACAGCGUGCAAGAAGUUUCGCUCUUUGGCGCCAGAAAUGGACGGCACAAAGAAGAAAUGGGAAAGUGGUGGCAGUUUUUCCAGGGAGUUUGAGUUCUCGUACAGCGUUUGGGGUCAGGGCUUCCUGGCUGAGUCUGUGCGUCGCUAUGUGGACGACAUCGGCAUCCUGCACUCGACCACUUUGCUGACUGCGCAGAGGCACACGCGUCAGGCCGCAGUGGACCUCACGUCAGAGAGAGAAUCCAUAGGGAACAUAACAGGUGAUGGUGUGCUAGGCGGUGUCAGCCCCAACACCAGACUGUACUCUCAGAAUUACCCGUCCAUCUACAACUCAGAAGCCACACCUGGUCAUGGCAAUAACGGCGACCGGGACAAGAGUUCCCUUGAGGCAACUCUGCAGGACAGGCAGCACGUGGGCAUCGUGGACCUGGGGGAAGAGUGUGAGGAUGACGAAGAAGAGGAGGACGAGGAAGACAUGGAUGAAAAGAGACCAUUCGGAAAUGAGAGCGCAGGUGUGUUCUCCAUGGAUGAGGACUCACUCUCUCGUGACUGUGAGCCCUUCUUUGAGUCUGAUGGUGAGGAGGAGAGCACCGAUGGCUCAUUGAGCGAAGAAGCACCGCCACCCUCACGUGGUAUGGCUGUGGGCCAUCACAGUAUUCACGCAUCCCGUCACACACUCCCCAUGGCGCUGGCCCGCUCGCUGCCCGUAUCUGUGCCCGUGUGGGGAUGUAAGGGGGGCCGGGCUGCACCGGGGGAAGGCAACAGUGGAGAACGGGUGGGCUGCACCGACCUGGAGCACAUCGCUGCCAGCAUGAAGGCCCUCCUGGCACCUGGGGCCACCGAUGGGACAGAAAUGUUCGGUGCUUUGCCACGGCCCCGGGUCAACACGGGUGACUUCUCGCUCAAGCACUGAGUGCAAGUGCCGGGCCGAGAGUCAUAUGGAAUGUGAAAACAUUGUGAAACUAAAAAAAAAUACACCUCCAAUUCAUUGCUCGCUAAUUUAAGGAGGUAACACAACACUAAAAAAUGUCUGACGACGCACCGAGAGAGUAUGCGAAUGCUACAGAUACACCAAUGUCCUGAAUCCAGGUUAAACAUGCACAACAAUUUGUUUGGGCUUUGUGUCCACCCUGUGUUCCAUGCUAAUGCUACAUGCUCAUGUUUUUGUAUCGUGCACAUGGGUCAGUGGAAGUUUUGGAUGAUGUUUGAUUUUAAAUAAUUCAGAUUCAAUCAACAUUUUACACUUAAGGUUGUAGUGUUGUCACCUCUUACUUAGCGUCUUAAAAAUGUUUACAAUUGUGUUUGGUCCACACGAGAUGAUGGCCUUUUGAAAGCAUAUGAUCUUGCUAACACUCCAAAGGACACAAUCUUCUACAUGAAUAACACAAUAAUAAUAUGUCAGUUUUUUGGGGGGGUUGAUAGCUAUGCUAGCACACAAUUAUCUAGUUAAAAGUUGGCGCAACAUCCUCACCAAUUGCUACAAAAACAUAGUUUAUUGCCACAAGAUUAUAGUCUCAAACACUUUUCUGAAUAUGUAUGCAGACAAUACAUUAUCGGAUAGGAACGUUGCUUGCAAAUCAAGCUAGUUGAUAGCUACAAAAUAUUGACAGUAUAACAUUUUCUGUAAUAUUUGUCUAUUCUCAUCAUAUUGUUAUUGCUACGCUAACUCCCUAACACCAUAACCAAUUCCAAACGAUUUACAUGACUAAUCAGAACUGCUAAUGUUUUGUAACACUUGAGUAUUUCAGUCACUGUUGUCACAGUUUAGUAUGUGCUAAAAAGUCAGCAUGGAGCACACCGAUGUUAACAAUAAUAGCUCCUGGUGCGUCGUCAGGUCUUGUUCAAAACAUUUGUUCUCCUUGAAGGUUAAAAUGUAAAAAGCUUGUUGAAAAUGUUGGCACACCAGCAGCACCUGUUAAAAUCCAUAAAUCCCAACAUACUUCGUUGUACUUAGCAACCAAUGACUGACUCAUCCAAUGAUUGUACUGAUAUUUGUUUUUUCUUGAAGUGAACGAAUGACUGAGACUGACAGAAAUGAGACAGAAAACAUUGGGACUGAAAGUAAAAGAUGUCAAAAUGACAUUUUGGUAGAUGCUCUUAAGUUUUUCUUUGUGGUUCAAAUAAAGGAGCAACACCAAAUGACAGGAUGUGGGCUUGUCUGAGUUUUAUGACAUUUUCUUGACAAUUUUGUCUAAAAAUGGGAUAUCCUUGGAAAAUAAAGCUUUACUAAAAAUUA